UACCUGUGUGUGGGGGCGAAGUGGCCUGUGUAGACUGUACCUGUGUGUGGGGGUGAAGUGGCCUGUGUAGACUGUACCUGUGUGUGGGGGUGAAGUGGCCUGUGUAGACUGUACCUGUGUGUGGGGUCGAGGCGGCCUGUGUAGACUGUACCUGUGUGUGGGGGUGAGGCGGCCUGUGUAGACUGUACCUGUGUGUGGGGUCGAGGCGGCCUGUGUAGACUGUACCUGUGUGUGUGGGUGAAGUGGCCUGUGUAGACUGUACCUGUGUGUGGGGGUGAAGUGGCCUGUGUAGACUGUACCUGUGUGUGGGGUCGAGGCGGCCUGUGUAGACUGUACCUGUGUGUGGGGGUGAGGCGGCCUGUGUAGACUGGACCUGUGUGUGGGGUCGAGGCGGCCUGUGUAGACUGUACCUGUGUGUGUGGGUGAAGUGGCCUGUGUAGACUGUACCUGUGUGUGGGAGUGAAGUGGCCUGUGUAGACUGUACCUGUGUGUGGGGUCGAGGCGGCCUGUGUAGACUGUACCUGUGUGGGGGGUCGAGGCGGCCUGUGUAGACUGUACCUGUGUGUGGGGGUGAGGCGGCCUGUGUAGACUGUACCUGUGUGUGGGGUCGAGGCGGCCUGUGUAGACUGUACCUGUGUGUGUGGGUGAAGUGGCCUGUGUAGACUGUACCUGUGUGUGGGGGUGAGGCGGCCUGUGUAGACUGUACCUGUGUGUGGGGUCGAGGCGGCCUGUGUAGACUGUACCUGUGUGUGUGGGUGAAGUGGCCUGUGUAGACUGUACCUGUGUGUGGGGGUGAGGCGGCCUGUGUAGACUGUACCUGUGUGUGGGGUCGAGGCGGCCUGUGUAGACUGUACCUGUGUGUGUGGGUGAAGUGGCCUGUGUAGACUGUACCUGUGUGUGUGGGUGAAGUGGCCUGUGUAGACUGUACCUGUGUGUGGGGGUGAAGUGGCCUGUGUAGACUGUACCUGUGUGUGGGGGUGAAGUGGCCUGGACGACCCACCCGAAUCUGGGACACUGGGAGGAGAAAUCUGAUACGGAAUACCGUCACCAUGAGUAAGCAGGAUGAUGACAACACUCCCCCUGAAUCCGGUGCCCGGAAUAUUCACGUUGCACCAAAGAUGGGACAAAACGCAUCCGCCAAGGAGGUUUUCAAUGUAGGAGUUGUGUAUGGCGGAGUGAAACAAACUGUCAACCAACGAGGUGAUGAUGAAAGACUACGAGAUGAUCUCCGGAAUUUGCGCAGUAAGCUGACCGUCCGGGAGCGUGAAAAACGUGAAAAACAAUCAGUUGUUCAAGAUCUGAAAUCAAAGACGAAUAAUCUGGAAAAGGAGGUGCAACAGCUCAAACAACAAGCACGUGCUAAAGCCGGGGACACACAAAACAUGGAGAAGAAGAUAGGAAAGCUGAUGGAAGAUGUUAAAAUCCACACAGACGAAAUAGAAAAUUUGGAGAACAACAUUAUUCCAGAUUUAAAGAAACAGAUACAAACAGUUGAAAUCAGGCUUGUACUGCUUAGAGAAACUGUCGAAGACACAACGAAUGCCAUCCCAGAUCUCGAAAAAAGGAUGGAGGGCCUGAAAAUGGAUCUGGAAAACUAUGGCUUUGAGAUAAAAUCUGAGAGGGAGAACGUUGCAGAGCUGUGCAUAUUGAUUCAACAGUUGAAAAAAGACAUCUUAGAUCAGAAGAAAGAACAGGAAACAAUGGCUUCAAGGAUACAGAAAAUUGAAACAGACGAACUGCAUAUCAAAGCAGAAAUGGCAAAACAACUUGAAGAUGAACGGAGAGAAAAAGAAGAAUUACAAAGAAAGGCACAAAAACAACACGAAGAGAUGACGGAAAUGAAAGCCAAACUGGAACAAUUACUCAACGAUGAAAGGGAAGCAACAGCACGAAAGAUACAGGAACAGGCGAAACACAUCCAAGACUUGAUGGAACAGACACAGCAAGCCUCAAGUCACUCGAGUAGAAAUCCGGGACAGAUCGAGGGGCUGUCACAUAUCCAACUGACGCAACAAGAGACUGAUCUACACGCGACUCCAUCACCAGCAGACUGCGACCGCCUCCAUGGCGCCAGCGGGGACGGGGACCUGGAGGAGGUGAAGCGGCUCCUGUCUCUGGGCGUCAACAUCAACAGUAGAGGACAGUUCAGCAGGACACCGGUGAUGUGGGCAGCAGUGGAGGGACACAGAGACGUGGUGGAGCUCCUGGAGAGUGAAGGGGCCGAUGUGUCACUGGUGGACGAGGACGGUUACAACAUCCUUCACUUCGCCUGUAUUAGAGGACACUUAGAGACGGUGGAGUUUGUGCUGUCACUGAACGAGGUGGACAUCAACAGAAGAGGAGAGGGGAGCAAGACACCGGUGAUGAGGGCAGCAGAGUUGGGACACAGGGAGGUCGCGGGGCUCCUGGUGAGUAAAGGGGCUGAUGUGUCACUGGUGGACGAGGACGGUUACAACACCCUUCACUUCGCCUGUCUGGGAGGACACUUGGAGACGGUGGAGUUUGUGCUGUCUCUGAACGUGGUGGACAUCAACAGUAGAGGACUGAAGAGCAGGACACCGGUGAUGUGGGCAGCAAUGAAAGGAAACAGUGACGUGGUGAAGCUCCUAGUGAGUAAAGGAGCCGAUGUGUCACUGGUUGACGUGGAUGGUGGCAACAUUCUUCACUUCGCCUGUCUGGGAGGACAGUUGGAGACGGUGGAGUUUGUGCUGUCUCUGAACGUGGUGGACAUCAACAGUAGAGGACUGAGGAGCAGGACACCGGUGAUGUGGGCAACAGAGCGGGGACACAGAGACGUGGUGGCGCUCCUGGCGAGUAAAGGAGCCGAUGUGUCACUGGUGGACGUGGACGGUGGCAACAUCCUUCACUUAGCUUGUAUGAGAGGACACAUGGAGAUGAUGGAGUUUGUGCUGUCUCUGAACGUGGUGGACAUCGACGCCAGGAACAACUUGGGGGAGACAGCGGCCGACGAGGCGAGAUCCGGGGGACAUCCGCGAUUGGUGGAUCUGCUCGUGUCCCGCGGCGGUCAUUGAGGUCAGUGUCGUGUUUGUGUAGACGGUGGAGAAGGACGCUGACAGAGACGUGGUGUGCCGUUCACGUCGUCGAGUGUAAAUAUGUCUUUAUUUAGGUGAAACUGUUUGUUGUUUUUGGAGAUAAAUAAAACUUGUAAAAACUUU